AUGCGGCAUCCCUAUAUCGCAAAAUUCAACGAAUGGUGGUUGUGGAAAGGCCCCCGAGUUACCAUCAUCACCGCGUUUGUGUUGGUCAACGCUGGGGUCUGGAUUUACGGAUACUGUCUCGCACUUGGUGUCGACCCGGCACCGUACUAUCCGUACGCGAAAGGCUUUGGGAAGACCCUCAACGUCAACUGCUCGUUCAUUCUCAUCACCGUGCUCCGCAACACGCUCUGCUGGUUGCGUAGCACCCCGCUUGCGGACGUGAUCCCGCUGGACGACAACAUCGCGAUGCAUAAACUGGUGUUCGCGUUCAUUGCGGUCGGGGGCAUUAUGCAUGCUGUGUUCCACUACCUCGACUUUGGGUGGAAUGAGCAGCGGUACGGGGUUUCGACCGGGCAUCAGGCAUUCGCCAACCUGGCUGGAGUGACUGGGCAUUUGAUAGCGUUAAUGAUGCUCUGCAUGUUCCUGUCCGCGGUGUUCAUGCGGAAGUACUUUACUUUCAGACGAUUCCGAUUCGAUGGCUACAGAACCUUCCUUCUCGUGCACAAGCUCUGGAUGCCUUGCUUCGUCCUCCUCUGGCUCCACGGCCCCAUGUUCUGGGCUUUCUCGCUCUGGCCCCUGGCCUUCAUCGGCCUGGAAAAGCUCGUGCAGAAGCGUCGCGCCAAGGUGGACGUGGUCGUCAUCGAUUCGAAGAUUGUGGGUCAGGACAUCCUCGCGCUGAAGAUGAAGAUGCAAGGAAAGCGAAAGUUCAACUACAAAGCUGGACAGUACCUCUUCUUGAACUGCCCCGACAUCACGGAACUGGAAUGGCAUCCGUUUACGAUCACCAGCGCUCCUGAAGAAGCGCACUUCAGCUGCCAUAUUCGUGCUCGGCCCGACAUGGACUGGUGUUACAAGCUACGCACUUUGCUCGGCCACGCUCGAACGGAGGUUGUGCCGAAGGAGGGCCGACAGUCACUCGUUGUGAGGCCCGUUGUGAAGAAAUCGGGGAAUCUCGAGGCGGGGGAGGUCAAACCUGCCAAAGAGGACAAGGCACAGAUCAUGUUGAGGGUGGACGGCCCAUAUGGGAGCCCGUCCGAAGAAGUGUUUGACCAUUCGACAGUAGUUCUCGUCGGCGCCGGCAUUGGAGUCACACCUUUCAUCUCGAUCUUGAAAUCCAUGACCAUCCGUGUGAAGCAGCGGGAAGGUUUAUCAAAGGAAGCGAGAGCCGAACAGCAACGUCUCAAGAUCCACUUCUUCUGGGUGUGCCGCGAUGAACAGGAAUUGUCGUCGUUUAAGGAUCUCAUUGAUGCAGUUAUCUCCAAUGCUGAUCUGAAAGAUCAUGUGGUUUUGAAUACGUACACCACUGGGGUAUGGCUCUCCGCUGGCCCAUUUGGGGUGAUAUGCAUUGCUGUUCAUGCUGACGCUCUCUUGCGAAUUUCUCAGGAGCUCAAUCUGAAGAAGGUCACCUUGCACGCUUACAAUCAGUACUCCGGCAAGCCUAACUGGGGACGCAUUUUGAAAGAGAUCGCCGGAGCUCAUCAGGGAGAAGAAAUCGGGGUCUUCAUGUGUGGGCCUUUGCCACUGGCGCACGACCUGAACCUUGCCUGCAAGCGGCAGAACCAUAUGGCGGCGAAAGGAAAGCCUGGGGACAAGGAGAACCGGACCAUAUUCAAGUUCAAGAAAGAGAACUUCUGA